UGGAUGUGCUGGGUGAGACAUUCUAUUCACGGUGUUUGAUGGACCUACAUUAAGUUUGAUGGAUGUGCCUGGUUAGACAUUCCAUCAACGGUGUGUGAUGUGGUCAUCUGAAGGAAGUCAAGAGGCUGUGGAUUCGAACGAUCAUGAGCAACAAACGCUUUUACAACAUGAAGACAUUCGUGACCAAACUAAAGUGAAAGUACAAUCCGGGAAUCGGAUCGAAAUUCAAGAGGCUGAAGAUUUGAACGAUCCAGAAUCCGAGAAAGAACCGCUUUUACAAGAUGAAGACAAUCGUAACCAAACUAAUAACCAAGUACAAUCCGGGAGUUCAAACGGAAUUCAAGACGCGGUGGAUUUGAACGACCCAGAAUCCGGGCAACAAACGCUUAUGCAAGAUGAGGACAUUCGUGACGAAACUAAUUCCCAAGUACAAUCAAGGAGUUCGAACGAAAUUCAAGAGGCUGUGGAUUCGAACGAUCCACAAUCCGGACUGCAACCGAUUAAACAAGAUGAAGACCUUCGUGACCAAACUAAUGACCAAAUACAAUCCGGGAGUUCGAACGACAAGGCUGAAUAUAAGGCGGAUAUGGAGGAAAAUGAGCCUCAAUGCGAGCUUCAGGACGAUGCUACGUCGGAAAAUGGGAAGCCCUCAUCGAAACAUCCUGUCAAAAACGUGUCAUUCAUUACGCCAAUGCAAGAAACCGAGGAUGCGAAUGAAAGUGAAUCCGACCAACAAGUCGUAAAUACUGAACAAACAUAUGUACUACCAAAAACUCCAACCGAAUAUGCAAAGUCGACCACAGUAGAUAAUUGCUUGUCGGGAUCGUUUAAUGGAAACAAAAGACCUUGGUACAAGCUAGAAACGGAGCACGAUGUGAAAUCUUUACUUGAAAGGUUAUGUGUUAAAAAAACAGGUUUAUUAAUGUCAUAUAGGGAGUGCAUAUCCAAAAAGUACAAUUUGGAAGAUGUGAAUGAUCUAAGAAAAGCGGUGGUAAAGAUAAUAAGACGUGUUGGUGCAUUGGUCCUUACAACUGAGGAAGAUUCUAGUCUUUUGCAGUCCGUAAUUGAGACUCUGUACAUAGAGUCAGAUUAUGAGCCUGUUGUAAUCGGCAUCUUUCCAUGGAAAAAGAAGGAGGACAUUGACAAGCAAUGCAAUGUUAAUCGAAGCAGUGACGUAAUAGCGUUCCGUUAUAUAUCUCACUUUAUUUUCUGUGACGAUUCCUUUGAUUGUUGGAUAAUGCUAAUUAAGCUAGCGGAAGAAUUAAAAUGCCGGUACAAAGCUCCUGUUGUUGAAAUUUAUUUGGGAUAUAACAACUAUGAUGAGAUACAAAAAGCAAUCAUUGUGUCGAACGAAUACAAUAAUCCUGGCGUGCAGUUUCACUUAAGGUUGGAUACGAAUAGAUAUAAGAGUUUGAUAAGUGCCGAUCGAAGGGUAUGGAUACCUUCGUAUGGUUUUCAUUUACAAGAUGUAAUUAGAGCAAUUUUCAUGGCGCCGAAGAAUAAAGAUAUUGACUUUCUGAAACUAGCGCUUGUUUUAAAUGCAGAUGGAGGUAUUGUCUCAACUGAGAUAGACCAGAGUCAAAAUUGGAAGAAUGACGAAAUUCCAAAAUACAAAGAAACCCUAUUGUCUACUGUAAUAAUGUUAGAUCAUGGUGACGCCUCUAUAGGACUUUUAAGUUGUUUAGAAGAAAAUCAAGAAAAGGAGACCAUCGAAUGGGGAUCUUUGGAAUGCGGUGAAAUGAAAUAUAAAACUAUUGAUUCUGUCAAACAAUACCUACAUUCUCAUAUUGGAAUUGAAAUGAAGGUACCCAGUGGGAAGACGAAUCCGGACGAAUGCGUAUAUCUUUGGCUAUUUCUUUGGGCAGUAUUUAAUGGAAAGUUCGAUGUUGCAGACACAAUUAUGUCGUCUAAGAUCGUAUCCCAGUUAUCAACGGCAUUACUGGCAUGUCGAUGCAUUGAUUUAGUUAAACGGCAAAUUUACGACAGAAAUCUGCGACAUAUCUAUGAUGAUUAUCAAACACAAUUAACGCAUACAUAUGACACAAUCUUGAAUGAAGGCUACAACGUUAAGGCAAAAUAUAUGCAAUUUAUGCUUCUCCGACCAAGAGAAGAAUUAGGUGGUUCGUCAACAAUGGCUAUUGGAAAAACAAAUGAGAACUUUAUUGAACACCCAGCUUGUCAGUAUACCGCAAAUCAAAUUUGGAUGGGCGACAUCGAAAUUGAGCGAAACCCAAAUUGGAAAAUUGGAAUAUGCCUGUUUUUCCCAAUGUUGUCAAACCUUCUGUUGGAGUUUAAAAAAUCCGAUGGUAAAGAGGAUAGCGUAUGCAUUGCAUCCAAUCUGCGCUCUUUUUUCAACUGUCCGAAAGUCAAGUUCCUGUAUCAUACAUGUUCUUUUGUCAUAUUCUUGGUUUUAUUUGCACUUAACGUACUGUUCAAUCCUUUUGGCUAUCAAGCGCACGGCGAAUACCUGUUGAUGUCAUGGGUGGUAUGUUAUCUCACGGAUGCAAUAAGACUGUUCAUGGAAGAAAAACAAUAUUUUAGUGAUCCAUGGACGUUGAUGAAUAGUGUUGCCACAAUUUUGUUCGUAUGCGGAACAUGCAUACGAGCAACGUGCUGCGAAGAUGAAGGAAGAAUUAUGUUAUCAAUAUCAUUCAUGAUGUUUUCUCUUAGGCUUUUGCAUAUGUUGUCGCCACUAUAUGAAAUUGGACCUUUAUUGGUGAUGAUAGGACGAAUGUUUGCAGACUUGGCGAAGUUUCUCAUCAUACUCGCGAUUGUAUACUUCUCAUUUGCGAUAACAAUUCAAUCAAUUCUCUACACAUCUUCACCAUUUGACUGGAAUACGUUUUCAAGUGUUGCGAAACGCCACUAUUGGAAUAUGUUUGGCGAAUUUUCAACUACAUUAGACGAACUGGGAGGGGAAAUCGAAUGUAUUCCUGAUGACGGCGUUCGAAGCAAUAUAACAUUACCAAGAUGUCCGACGUUGAUAAGGACUUAUAUUGCACCGGUUUUGUUGGCAUUGUUCAUGCUUAUUGUGCAGAUAUUACUUUUGAAUCUUUUGAUUGCAAUGUUCAACUACUCUUUUACUAAGAUUCAAAAUGACGCCAACAGACACUGGUGCUUUUUGCGAUUCAAACUUAUUGACGCGUAUUCCUGUUCAUCAAGUAUCCCACCACCAUUUUCGUUCCCGUGGAACAUUUACAAGAUAUUGGCGUGUGUACGUGGCCGUAAAUCAAUCUCGAUGUCUAAGAAGCUGACAGGAAAACAGAACGAUAAGUUUAAAAUGUGGGAAGCAAAAAUAACACGUGAUGCAAAACUCAAAUCACGUGCCCAACACGAACAAGUUGAAAACAUAAAUACCCUUAGAUUAAAUGUGGAAGCACGUAGAAGAACGGAAAAAAAUCGCGCUUGUAUUUAGUUGAAAAGUCAUUAGACAUCAAAAUAGUAGGUUCGACGAUGACGGCAUUAUAUCAUUAGUCAAAGUGUGUUAGAUGUUAUUUUUUUCGCACAAAUGCGGAAUAUAUUUUUCAAGUAUCUAUAUAAAUGUUCCAAUCUCAUAGUACCUACUUACGCCAACCAUAUUUUAGAAGAUAUAUCUCGUUUGAUGUGUACUGUUUUGUUGACGGUCGGUCUGAACAAAAGCGUAUUGAAAAUACUUUGGAUUUAUUUUAAUAUACACGUUUAGCUUUAAAAUUAUGAAGUUUGCGCAUAACGUAUUCAUAAGAUUCCCCAGAACAGAUCGAUUUGUCUUAUUUAAGGUAUAUACUGAAAGUAAUAUGUUAUAACUAUGUUAUUUAAGAAAUUUAAUGUCAUGAUAAUUUAUGUUUAUUUUUUUAUAUUUAAUUUUGAUAAAAAUUCAGGUUAUAAUAUCAGAUUACUAAAUGUUAAACACUAGCGACAUCGAAAUCAUUGAAUAUAUUUUAUACUUUCACGAAAUCUCUUAGUUUCUCUUCAAUUGUGAUCAACUGUGCACAAUUUUUUUUUCUCACCAUAUAUCAAUGUCUGUCAUCAAUAAUUGUUUAUUUGUAGACCUUAAAUAUAAAUAUCACAUAUAUUCUAUGAAUUAUUUUUUUAUAACUGUUUUUUAUCUGUAUGUUUAUUUAAGUACCGGUUAAUGUAUCAUGUAUCAUUCCGUAGCUUCCAGUAUAAUGUUCAUUGCAUUAUAAAUGCUAUUCUAAUGUGUGAUAUUUUAAUUCAGCGGGGCACAUAAAUGAGUUACCUAUGACAUAGUUUGCUGAUUUCGUGAUUUCCAUCUACAUGUAUUACUCUUCACACAAAAGUCAUUGCAAGUAUUGACUGUACAAAUGAAUCAUUUAAAACAUAUGUGUCAAUUUUAUUAUCAGCUUAUCGUUUAUAUUAUAUGUUUUAUCACCCAUUACACAUUUUCGGGAGAGUAUUUGUUACAAUUAGUGAAACAUGACGAAAAGUAAGUAUACUAUUUUUAAGUUGUUCGAAAGACUAGUGGCAUCAUUAUUACCACAAAUAUUAAACCAAUCAAUCCAAAUAAACAUAUUUUCUCGUUACAUAAGAUCGUAUAUAUACAUAUUUUUUUUCUAUUUUUAAUGUUUUUCGUUUACUCGCAGACAUAAGACACACAAUAGUUUUCGAAUCAGUUUAUGUUAAUGGGCACCUUAUAUGUUUUUAUCAUUUGUUUUUUUUUUGCUUGUUUUUCUUACCAAUUAUGUGUAUGUAUAUGCUUAACAUGUUUCAGUAUGUUGAAUGUUUAAUAAAUAAAAUAUUGCUAUGUUAAAUUUUAUGCAUGCCGAGUCAGACUACCGUCUACAAUAUUCAUAGAUGUCAUUUUUAACUGACGCUUUGUUUCGUGCAUUUUCUGCAAACUAUUGUUUGUUGUUGACAUAUAAUUAAGUACCUUUUUUAAUAACGAUUACAUGAAAUUAAAUUUUUUUAACGAAGGGAGUAUAUUUUGCAUUUGUAAUAAGAUCCACUUUGCACUUUAAAUCACGACCUACAUACCAAGGUAUGUCAUUUAUUCGUAGUCAUGUGUUAAUUGUACACACACAUGAUUAAUACUAUUAAUAUGUCUAAUAUUAUUGAACAUUUAUAGUUUUCCGAUUAUUAUUUUAUCCAUUUGAGCAUAGUUCCCGAGUGCAUUCACAUAUUAAAUGUAUAUCUUGUUUUAAUAAAUGUCUAAUAAUAUUCGUAUUCUUAUAAAUAUAAAUAGGAUCAGCUUACCAUUAGCUCCAUUUAUAAAUGUUUUUAAAGACAUACGAUUUUAUACUUUGUCCUAUUUUGAGAAGAAUAUUGCCAAAAUAAGUUAUAAUGACAAUGAAGUAAUAAACAUCUUAAUCAUUGGUUUCAAAGUUUAACGGAAUCGCCAUCGCCACAAAUAUUGAACAAUAUAUAAAGGUACAUAUAAUCUGCUCAUGAAAUUUUCAAAACCAACAUAUGAACCAACUUUUGACAUUUAUCCGUUAAUACAUCGAUUAUCAGCAAAAUAGUUGUCUUUUUGAAUGAUGUUAUUGACAUUUAUAAUUGUAUUUUUUUCAUACACGUAUAUAUGUUGUAUUUUGGUAAACUCACUUUUGGUUUUCUGGAGUAUACUGGGCAUAUAUUCGCUAUGAAUUGUUAAUAUGUUGUAAAUAUGUUGCAGAAUGUAUAAUACAUAAUCUUUAUAUUAGCUCACUAUUAACAUCAUUGAUAUAUACAUUUGUUUCAAAUAUUAUAUUAAGAAAGUCGUAAUUAUGAGAUACAAAGAAGUAAAAACCGACGGACUUGAUACCAUACAUAAAACACAAACGAAAUUUACAUUUUUGUAUAUAAUUUGGAUCCACCAUGCAUCAUGAUAUAUCUUCUAAUUUCUAUGCAUAAGUGUAUUCAAAAAUGUCUAUUUCUUUAACCUAUGGUUGUUUUGAACAACAAUUUUACGAAAACAUUUUGAAGGCGAUUUAAACAUAAGUACAUGUGUACAUGGUAUUGUCAAAAUGUAAAAAAAAAUAAAUAGAAUAUUUGAACAAAAACAAAAAACAGCCCCUGCCAUGUUAUUAUAACUGUUAUCGGCGUUACUAAUUUUUAAGUCUUGUCAUUUUCUACAUUUCAUUUCAUCGACUUUUUAAAUGACUAACUAAUAAUUUGAAAUUAAUAUAAAUAAUAUCGCAAUCCCUAGUUCUUCCCAAAUACAUAAAUCAUAUAUCUGCUUUUAUUAUAUAGCGCGUGUAUGCUUUAAAACAUUGCAAUGUACUUUUGGACUAUUAAUGAAAAUGAUGUUAUAUUUAACAAAUUGUGUAAUCUAACAUUUUUCAACAUUGAUAGAUGUACAUGUUCUUAAUUUCGGAAUGACAAACAAUUGUAUACAUGUCAAUAAUAAUACAUUGCAUUAUAUAUAACUAUGAAGUACCUUUUGUCGCCGACGAUUAAUGAAUCCCAAAUGUAAGCUAGUUAACUGUAUGUGCGGUAACGAGUUUUGUGACGAAUAAAGGUCAUUGC